GAAAGCAGAAUCAAAAUGAAGAAGUUACUUGUGUUUAUCUUCAUUUUGGUCAUCCUGACUGUUUUUACAGAUACUUCACCAAUUUUGACUGAAAAAGAAGCUAAACAGAUUCUGAGAACCCGUCGUGAAGAUAGACCAAGAAAAGCUGGUUUCCCUGAUGAGCCAAUGAGGGAACACAUGCUUUACCUCCAGCGCUUGGAGCAGAGAUCAGAAGAACAAUUCCUUGAGCACUGGUUAAAUCCACACUGCUACCCGCAUUGCAACAGGAAUUUAGUUCAUCCAGUCUAAAGGGUUUGGUUUUUCCCCAGUUACUGAUCUCCCCAGGUGCAUUUAAGAGGAAACGGUCUAUGAUCAUGUUAAACAGGACGAGGUUCAUCCAGCAUCUGCUAUGUACUAACUAUCGAGCUGAAUGUCUUUGGAAUAUUGAGCAAUCUUAGUAUGUAGCAAGGCUUUCUUUUGUAAUCAUACAUAUUUAAAACAAUUCCAUUGACACAUGUAGAUCGCCAUAAAUUUUCAACCCAUAGGUAAACUAAUGGUUUAUAUGCGUGAAUCUAGGGCUUCUCCUAAGAUUUUAGGAAUGGGGUGGAAUAAAUCACCAACUUGUCUUAGAACGUGUUUAUUUUGGGCACUAUCUUAGUAUAUAUUGAAGCAGGAGGAGGCUUUAAGAGAAAGGAAUGAAUACGGAUGGAAAAUAAAAACACGAUGAGGCUGCCACCCUUUGGGGUUUUGGAUUAUAAAAUGUCUGCAGUUUUAAUAAUAUUGUAGUGAAGCACAACAUUUAUGCAGCAUUAACGUUUUAUGAUAGUGGCCUCGCAAGUUAUUUCACCUACUAUGUCAUAAUAAAAACUCAA